AUGGCCUCGAUUCUGAAGAACAUUGCCAUCAUCGGUGGCGGUGGAAACAUUGGCAAAAUCGUCUUGGACGCUCUCGUCUCUUCCGAACAAUUCAAUAUCACUGCCAUCCAGCGAAAGGAGAGCGAGGCAACUUUCCACCCAAGUAUUAAAUUGAUCAAAUCUGACUUAUCGGGAGAAAGUCUUGAGGAAAUAUUCAAGGGCCAAGAUGCUGUGAUCUCUACUGUCGGAGCUACUGGCUUCGCCGAGCAGCAGAAGUUUGUUGACGCUGCACUGCGUGCUGGUGUGAAACGAUUCAUUCCAUCUGAACUAUCGACAAGCAGCGAGGACGAUGCAGUUAUUGGCCUUUUGCCUUUGUUUGGGGUGAAGAAGAAUAUCAUUGACUACCUUAAGAGUAAGGAGUCUGAAGGACUGUCAUGGACUGGAAUUGCUACAUCAGGGUUACUCGACUGGAGCCUUACAACUGGCUUCCUCGAGUAUGAUCUUCAAAAGCAUACUGCUGUUAUCUGGGAUAGCGGUGACAAAAGGUUCACUGCUAUCAACGAAAAGGCUCUCGGACAGUCUGUUGUUUCUGUACUGCAGCGUCCUCAGGAGACUACCAACAAGUAUCUUUAUGUUGCCUCAGUUGAAACCUCUCAGAACGAAAUUCUGACAGCUUUAGAGAAAGAGACGAGAGCUAAAUGGUCUGUGACUCAUGUGAAGACCGAAGAAGUAGUUAGCGAAGGCCAGAAGCAACUCUCUGUCGGUGAUUUCACAGGAGCAUUUUCGCUGGUUCGUGCUAUGAUGGUAGGAAGUAUUCCUGGUCUCCGAGCAAACUACAUUAAGGAUACGGAACUCGCCAAUGAUUUGUUAGGAUUGAAGUUGGAGACUGUUGAAGAGACUGUCAAGAGAGUUCUUUCGUAG